AUGGUCUUGUUAAACGCAGAAGCUGCACAAAUCAAUGAAAAAGGAGAAACGCGAUACAAACUGGGUCUGGCUGUGGAGACCGGAGAGAGGGAGGAAUUGCUGGUAACGAGAAGUAAGGAUGAGACCAAAGUGGUUCUCACGAGGCCAUUAUCAUUAGACGGUGACUCGGAGGUCGAUUAUAGGGCUCCUAAUCUCAUCCAAAGACUUUCAAGCCUUUUCAAGAACGUACGACCUGGCUCUGAUCUCACCCACUUUAAGCUGCCACCUCUCUUCAACUUUCCAAAGUCACAUCUUCAAUGCUAUGGAGAAACAGUGUACUGCAUCGGUAGUGACAUGUUAAGCAGAUGUAGCCUGGCUGACAACUCAGUCGACCGAUUCACCUCGGUUGUGGCAUGGAGCAUUUCCACAUUGCGUCCUCCAAUAUUUGGGGUUGCCCCUUACAACCCUAUCCUCGGUGAGACGCAUCAUGUCUCAAGGGCAAAUCUCAAUGUCCUACUUGAACAGAUUUCUCAUCACCCGCCUGUUUCUGCACUCCAUGCAACUGAUGAGGAACAAAAUAUAGAACUCAUCUGGUGUCAGCAGUGUGUUUCUAAAUUCCACGGUGCUUCGGUGGAAACUGAGGUGCGAGGGAAAAGGCAACUGAAGCUCCUAAGUCGAGGAGAAACGUACGAAAUGAACUCUCCGAACCUCUUGAUAAGAUUUCUUCCAAUUCCAGGAGUUGAUUGGGCUGGAAAUGUUAGAAUCAGAUGCCCAGAGAGUGGCCUUGAAGCCGAGUUACGCUAUGGACCCAAGUCUUUUCUAGGGCUUAGAGGAAGCCAUAAAUCAGUUAAAGGAAAGAUCUAUGAAACGUCAACAAGGAGGACUCUUUUUGAAGUUAAUGGCCAUUGGGAUAGAACUGUUACAAUGAAGGACAUCAACAGUGGAAAGCUUUCUAUUAUAUACAAUGCAAAAGAUGUCUUUUCAGGACUGGAAACUCCCGUUGUUAAUGAUCUGCAGGGAGUGCGGUCGAGUGAAUCAGCUGUAGUAUGGAGCGAGCUAAGCCAGGCCAUAAUGAGCCAAGAUUGGGAGAAAGCAAAAGAAUCCAAGAAUGCUCUCGAGGAAAAACAAAGGGAGCUCUUGAGAGAACGAGAGUCAAAAGGAGCAACUUGGGUUCCUCAACAUUUCUGUGUGACUUACAGCAAAGAUGGUGGUUGGGAUUGUUCACCAACUCAACAAUGGGUUCCACCUGCUCCAAUUGUUGUUCCUCUUUCAUAAUCUAAUUAUGAUCAGCAGAAAACUUAGCAGCUUAUUCUCAACCCCCUCUUUUGGGGCUUUUAGAUUUAUUAUUAAAAUUCAAACUAUUGUUGGAACUAAACUUGUAAACAAACUAAAUGCUUACAUAUCAUUUAAUCUGAUAAACUUCAAGUCAUAUUUACUGAAACAAAAUCAUUCCAACGUUGAGCAAUUAGUGGGACAAAGAAUUAGCUACAA